CCACUCGGACGGAAGAGAGGAUUCAACUGGAUUGCGACCCGACACGUCGUGGCAGCCUCGACGACGCGAGCAUGGACCGACGAGAGACGACCGUGCAAGCGAACAACGAAGGUACCGACGUCCUAGCACAGCGCCUCAACAAGCGCCGGCGGCUCGGACAGCUCGACACCACCAACGGCACGAGCAAUGCGACGGACGCGGUCGCGGCCUUGAAGGCGCAGCUGGCCGAGGCUACGACGGCCGCCGCCGACACCGAAGCCCGCAUUGUCGUGCUUACCAACAAGUGCGAGUUCCUCUCGUCGAAGAACGCCGAGCUCCGCGCCCGCCUCGGCCCCGGGCACGCAGGUACAGCGACCGCCGAGGCCAGCGCGACCGACGCAAGGGACGACAGCAGUCGUAGCCACAUCGCCGCGCUCGAAACCAAGGUGAAGACGCUCGAAUCACAGCUACAGGUGGCCAUCACGACGAGCAACGAGUACGAGAAGCAACAUGCGUCGGUCAAAGCGACAUACAGCCGCCUCUUGUCGUCCGUGGCGCAGCAGCAGAUCGCCCUCGCCGCCUCUGCGGGCCAGCUCCAGGAAGCGCGCACCGCUGCAAAGGCCAGCGACGACCAGGUUCAGACGCUGACACGUGCCAACAGCGACCUCCAGGCGACGAUUACGCGGUUGGCGGCUGACGUCGCGGCCGCCACCAAGGCGAGCGGGCAAGAAAAGACGACCGACGACUUGCGCCAGACAGUCCGUCUGCUCAAAGAGAACGAAACCGGCCUCAGAGCCCGCGUCCAGCUACUGGAAGCCGAUCUGGCGACCGCCAAGGAGCAGCUCAUCACCGUCACCGCCUCGAGUGGGCUCUGGCAAAAGCGAGCCGAGACGCAAACCAAGCGCGCCCAAGAGCUCUCGAACGACAAGCAGUGCCUGGCGUCGGCGAUGGAGCAGCUCAAGGCCGAUCUCGCGACCGCCAAGGCCGAGCUCGUCGGGUCACUCGCCUCGGCGGCCUCGUUUGCCCAGUGGCAGCAGCAGGCAGAGAAUGCAAUGGCCCAAGUCGAAGACCUCAUGGCCGAGAAGACUCGGUUGGCGCAAACCGUCAAGCAACUCGUCGCGGCGGGCAAGGGCAGCAAGCAGGUCGACACGCUCACGACCGACAAGAGCCGGCUCGUGGUCGACCUCGCAGACGCCAAGACGCAACUGAACUAUGCGCUGGCGGCCGCAAAGAAUGCUGCCCAGUACCAGCAACAAGCCAAGGACUGCGCGCAGCAAGUAGAAGAUUUGUCGGCAGAGAAAGGACGCCUUGCGGCCGCAGUCAAGCAGCUCGUGACCAGCAGCAACGACAUCAAGAAGCAGUUGAGUGCGUCGGAAGCCGCAAGUGCCAAGUGGCGCCAACAAGCCAUGACGAGCAGCGCCAAAGUUGACGAGCUCAGCGGUAAAGUCGACAAGCUCAGCGCCGAGCGAGAUCAACUCGCAACGGAGAAGGACCGCCUUGCCGCUGACAAGGGCCGUCUGACGAUCGAGAACGAGCAGCUGUCAACCGACAAGCAGCAGCUAGCAACCGACAAGCAGCAGCUGAUAGCCGAGAUGGACCAGCUCACGGCCGACAGGGAGCGUUUGGCGGCAAUGAUCAAGUGGCUGGAAGCCGACCUUACGUCGUCCAAAGCGCAGGUCGAGGAAUUGACAGUCGCGAGUGCCAACUGGCAGCAAAAGGCCGACGACAACAGCAAGGAGGUAGAAACGCUCAUCGCCGGCAAGGCGCGCCUCGAAUCCGUCUUGAAGUGGCUCGAAGCGGAUCUGGCGGCGGCCAAGUCGGCGCCCGGCGAUGCUCGCGCCAACAAACAUGAAGCAUCGCCACCGACGACCACAGUUGGAACGCUCGAGGGCGAGGGCGAUGCGGCCCAGAGCGGCGACGCGCACUGGCGUCAGCAGCUCGUGGUUUGUGAGAAGCGCGCCGAGGAGCUCAUGGCCGAGAAGAACCAAGUGAUGGAUGUGGUCAAGCAGCUCAAGGCCGACUUGGUGUUUACAAAGGCGCAGCUGGAGGUGGCCACAACGGCGGUCGAAGCAAGCAAGAAGCAAGUGCGAGACCUUGGCGCGAGCAAAGGCCGGCUCACGACGACGAUCCAGCAGCUCAGCGCGGACCUCGCCAAGGCGCGCGCCGAGUCCCACAUCGUGGCCCGUGCCGAGUCGCACGAGAAGACGCAAUCGCACGCGACGCUCCAAGCCCAGAUCGAUGCGCUAUUGGACGAGACGCGCCGCCAAGCCGCCGUCAUAGCGCAGCUCGAAGCCGACUUGGCCGCGGCCCGACGCGCCCCUGCGCCGACCGCGGACGUGGCCACGCUGCAAAAGCAAGUCCAGCGCUUCAAGGACAACAAGGCCCGCUUGCUUGAAACCAUCACGCAGCUCGAAGCCGACCGGGCGACGAUCAAGGGUCAGCUCGAGACCGCGCUCGCUGCUGCUGGCUCGAGCUGCAACGAAGCGCACGCGGUCACGGUCGAGGCGGACCGGCUCCGCACGGAGCUCGCUGCAUUGCGCGACCAAAUGCAAUUGGAGGCCGAGGUCGAGGCGGCCGCCGCGGCUGCCCGCAAGAAAGAGCUGGCGUCGCUCACGGCCGAGGUCAAGCAGAUGCGCGCCGACCUCGCUGCGGCGAGAUUGCGCGAGUAUGCGGCCGUCAAGGCGACCAUUCUGCAAACCGCCGCAAGCGACGAAAAUCUGCAAGCCGCCACGCGCCGUCUCGAAGCCACGAUUGAAGAGCUCACGGCCGAGCUCACGGCGGCCCGCGAGGAGCUCGCGACGGCGACACCUGCGAGCAAUGUUGAUACGACCGCCGCCGACCUCGAGGCGCAACGCAACGACGCCCAAGAAGACGUGGCGUCGUUGCGAGCGCAGCUCGCGAUCGCGAAGCGCUCAACCCUCGAGACCAUCCGGGACUUUUUCCGAAGCGUCGACAGUACGUUCAAGUUUGCGGGCCACGGCGCCGUCGACGCGCUGCUCGAUGCCCUCUACCAUGCCGACACGUCAGGCGCGUUUGAAGCCACCGACGGCAUCUAUAUCUAUGCCCAGCGGCUGCUGCAACCGAGUGGCGAGUCGGCGGCGGCGAUGUACGACGCGCAAUUGCGCGAAAUUGCAGCGACAGCGCCGUGGCUGGCGAUGCUGCCACUCCGCACGCCGUACCUCGUGCCACCACACGAGCACGCGCGCGGCGUCGUCAGCGACCGCCUACGCCGCCACAUUGCGCUCGUCCAGCAGUUCUGGCAGGACAAGAGCCGGGACGUCUGGAUGAGCUCGUUCGUGCUCAGUCUCUCGCCGGCGGUCACUAUGGAUCUUGAGGACGCGGUGGCGGAGAUCGUCGUCGACCUCGUCGACCUCGUGACACACAACAUGGUCGACCGCCGUAUCCGGCACUUUUUGCGCUACCCGCACCCGAGCUGGCCGCUCGUGACCCGGGGUAUCGACGCGCUCCCGGUAGCAGACGCGCCGGCGUUUUUGGCCGACGAGGCCGCGAAGCUCUGGCCGUCGUGCCCCGGCGGUGCGGUCCAUACGCCGUUGGAUAUGACGCUGCGAUACCUGGCGCGCCACCCGAGCUCGGAUCCGACGCUGUCGGUCGGGUGUGCGAGCGCGGUCCGCUCGGACGUCGAAGCCUUUUGUGCGACAGUGAGCACAUGCCCGCUCGUAGCCAUGCCCAUGACGCUCUUGGCGCCGUGCGCGACGUCGCCGUCCCCGGGACUUGAACUGGUGGGACACGAGCGCCCGCUGCCCACAACGCAUCAGUGGAGCGCGGCCUUGGAGAAGGCCAUUCCGCUCUUUGAGACAUGAUUGUCGCUUAAUCAAUAGGAACCGUUAGUAGUCUACA